AUGGCAUCCACCGAACCCCCGCCUGAUGACGACGGCAAGAACUCCACCAAUGGAGGAAAUCUGAGUCCGGCAGUGUUCUUUCUCAUCGUUGUUGGCGCAAUAAUCUUCGGUCUCAAUCUGCUCAGGAUCCUUGUCAAGAGGAAAAUUCGAGCGAGAGACGCUUCACAUCGACUUCAAGGCAGGCAGCCUGGCCAGGACGAUGUUGAAGAGCAGAACACGACCGACAGGUCUCGAGGAGCGAGAAAGCCUCCCAAAAUAAGGAGGAUUCGGAUUCAGGAACUCGACGAAAUCGCUCCGAGGAUGAGUUAUGGAGAUUGGAAAGCGACUGCGCGACUGAAGGGUUCCGAGAAGACAGGAAGCAGAAGAGAACAGUGCGAAGGGGGUCAGGGAGAUACUCCAGUCGACUACCCUGGACGGCAAGUUAGCCUGGAAUUGCCACCUCUUCGGUCGUCGGUGGAUAUCACCGAAGGACCAGGCCAGAAGGGUUUGAAAGAAUUAGCCAGAGUUAUAUCAAAUGGAAAGGACGAUGGCGAGAGCGACGGGAAAGGAUUUCACGACGAUGAAGACCAAUGUGUGAUAUGUACAGACUCUUUCCAUCCCAAGAAUCAAGUGAGGGUGCUGCAAUGUGGGCAUUUGUUUCAUGCCAAAUGUGUAGAAAAGUGGUUGACGUCGGUUCGGGCGAAUUGUCCAGUGUGUAAAUCAGAGGUCGAGGAUAUGCCCACCUGCGGUCAGUAA